AGUAAACCAAGUCGACAUUGAAAGGUCAAACUAUUAACGAUGCAGCGGACAAGUAAUGCUACUGUGUUAGGGAACCUAGAAGAAGGAGAUAUUGUCGAGUUUGAUCGAGGACUUUAUUCACAUUAUGGUGUCUAUGUGGGUGACGAGGAAAUUGUUCAUGUAGCCGGUGAUGGCUCCAAUGCUGGUAGCCCAACAGACUGGAGUUCUGGUAGUCUGUCUAGUGGUAGUGGAAUACAAUCCAACAAAGCCACGGUGAAGAGAGACAAGUUUUGGACCGUGGCCGGCAACUCUAAAGCCAAGAUAAGUAAUAAAGAUGACAAAAGAAGCCCUUUACCGAAACAUCAAAUAGUGAAGAUUGCGUUAUCUAAAUUAGGUCGUCGUGGUUACAACCUUUUCUGGAGUAACUGUGAACAUUUCGCUAAUUGGUGUCGAUAUGAAGUACAGACAAGUGAACAGGUUUGUAACGCUUUUUCAAGUAUGGGACAGGUAGUGCUAAUUGGGGUCGUAGUGGCAAUUGUGGCCAUUGCAGCAGUGUGUCUGAUAUCUUGGCUGUGGUAACAAGCGUGGCGAUAAGCGUAGGCUGCUUUUUAAUGUUGCAUCUGUUUAGCUAAGUAAGAAAAAGCUGUAAAGAUUAUAAAUUUGCGAGUGAAAUUGAAUUUAAAAAAAUUGUUGACAAUUGACAUAUGAAAGUUUAUUGUUUUUGUUAAAGGCAUUAAGCUUUCUUUUAAGAUUAAUAUUAUUAUUAUUAUUUUUUUGUUAUUUUUCCACAAAUCUUAUAUCUCAGACACUACUGAUGCGUACACAAAAUAUAAAGUUUGAAACGUGAAAAAUCCCUUAGGCUUUUACAUUAUUUUACUUACAGACACGGAGUUACAUUUUCAGAAUCCUUCAAGGAAUGUCUAAAAAAAAGUAUCGGAGCAGAAGUUUGAUUUCGGUCAACCGAUGGUCACCAUUUUGAAUUGAAUAUAUGAAGAAUAGUGAAAAAUUCACGUCAAUGGGCGUAAAAAUAUCACAAUAGGCUGUAGUUUGGAAAAUUUGGUGUCCUUUUUCCGAAAUGAAUACCUUUCUAGAUAACGUGGCUCAGAAUCGAAAUUCUGCUGUUUGAAAAUUUCAAAAUUUCAAAUUUCCACUUCGACGUUUUUCGUGGCGACAAAGUUGUUUACGAGUGAAAAUUCAUAAUAACGGCAUGGACAUAAUCGGAAAAGGCCCCCGUUUCCGGAACUAAUACAUUUCUGGAUAGAAGUUUUGGUACAUGAAGAUUUAAAAUUUUCAAAUUUCGUCUCUGAAGUUUUUCAUAUCGACAAACUUUGAAAUCAGGUCAAAUGUUGACGACAAAGGAUUAAGUAGGUCAUUUGGUGCUUUAUCAAAGUUUUAUCAAAAUCUGUUGGUAACCAAAGGUUCUCUGCACCUGUCAAAAUGUUAAAACUGGAAAUUUUGCCCGGUUAAAAUAUUUCUCUUUAUAACUCAAAGCGACUUUUUGACGGAUUUUAAUAUUUCUUUUUCUUUUUAAGAUUCUUGGCGAAAUCCAUGACUUGUGACUAUGAAUAUGAAAGCUUUCAUAUCUGCCUAGCAGAUCGAAUUCAUCUUUAUGUUUAUAUAUAAAAGAUUUAUAUUUUUAUCUUGUACAUACGCAUAAGACUGACUUUAGAGCCAUAGAAUUCCUUGCAAAUACAAUAUUAUAAAAAUGGAAUCUCUAAUAGUAAUAUCAGGCAAAUAUCAGUUCGAAUAUAGUUGAAUAUCAGUUCAGUAUUUACAGAUAUAACAAAUUAAAUUUACAUCAAAAUACAAAUUUAAACUGAUAUCACUAUGUAAUAAGGUAGUCACCAUCUUCAUCUGGUAGGAACCAAAUGGAUGAUCCUGUUUUAAGAAUCUGAUUUAAUCCAAGCCAUAAUAUUAUCUAACAUUGGUAUUUUAAUUUUGUUUUCUUAAUCAAAUGUUAAAUCAUUAAUCUUUUUUAUGAGGACAAGAAGUGUAAAUAUCAAUCUCAACUAAAUCAUCUUUAAUCUUAUUUUUGUCAGAUUUAGGAAUUAAAAAUAUAAAGGAAGCUAACCUGCCUUCUUUGAACUGAUAAAACAUGGUGUUUAUUUAUAUUGAUAAUUGUUUCUUGAUCAAAUGUUUUUGUGGUAGUUGUUCAACAUUCCUUUGAUUCUUGUGUUAAACAAGUGUUGAGUUUAUAUGAUGUAUUAUUUAGAUUAGUUUAGUUUAAAACCACUGAUCAUGAUUUUAGAGCCGUCGAGUGCCUUGCAAACUACAAUAUUAUGGAAGUGUAAUCUAUAAUAGUAAUAUCAGUCCAGUAAUAGUUCGUAUUUGUAUUUACAAAGUUAUGUUAAUUUGAAAUUUCAUUGAUCUAUGUUGCUCGUUAUAAGACUGUCGCUAUUGUUGUCUACUAUUAUUAUAUUGAUUAUCGUUUUAUUAUAUCAACGUAUAUUAACAUUAUAACGUCCAUUUAUUUAGAUUUCUAACCUAAUAAAAUCAUUGUUUUAUUAUAUCAACAUAUAUUAAAAUUAUAG